AUGACUACAAAUCAAGUUGGUACCUUAAGUAGUGCAGAAGCAAAAACCAGCUAUAGUAGCUUGAAAGAUGUUCCGAAUUGUGAAUUUUGUGGAGCCAAAAAGUUUGAAUAUGAACCGUCUGCAUUUUGUUGUAGUAAUGGUUCGAUUCACUUAAUUUCAUAUCAAAUGCCACAAGAGUUAAGAAAUUUGUAUUUAGGAAACACUGAGGAAUCAAAGGAAUUUCGAACUUACAUUAGAACAUACAAUAACACAUUCGCUUUCACUUCACUCGGAGUAACUUAUGAUAAAAAUUUAGCAAAACGAACUAAUGGAGUUUAUACCUUCAAAGUCCAAGGACAAAUGUACCAUUUUAUAAAUGAUUUGGUUCCAGCUAAUCAAAGGGCUAAGAACUUACAAUUGUAUUUCUUUGACAGUGAAAACGAACUGCAAAAUCGAAUGGCAUGCUCAAACAAGCUUAAUGAAAAAAUUGUGAAAUCUUUGAUGGACAUCUUAAAGUCUUACAAUCCUUACUCUAAAUUUUUGAAAUCUUUAAUAAACAUCUCGCAAUUGUCUGAUUUCUACAUUGCCCUUAGACGUGAUGCUGGUCUAGAUCAACGAAUCUACAACUUACCAACAGUUUCAGAAGUUGGUGGGAUAUGGGUAGAAAAUGAUAAUAAUAAUUGUGUAUCCGCACCACAUAUUCGCAUAUAUACAGAAAGUAAUAGAAGUCAAAUAGUAAAUUACUAUUAUGGUUGUUAUGAUUCAUUACAAUAUCCAUUACUAUUGCCUUAUGGUCAAAAUGGAUGGCACUGUGGCAUUAAAAAAAUAAAACCUUCAAAUGUGAGACCCAACAACCUAAUGUAUUGUGAACACGAAGAAUUUCCCAAUGUAAAAAAUAUGUGUUCAAUAGAUGGUUUUCUUCAUAUGGAAGAUGAAAACAUGCAAAAAGGAAAACGCAAAAGAAAUACUGUUUCUUGCCGUGAGUAUUAUUGUUACAAACUACAAAUAAGAAAUGAUGAAAAUAUAAUUUUGCAUUCUGGAAGAUUAUUUCAACAAUAUGCAGUAGAUGAAUGGAUUAAAAUUGAAAGCCAGCGAUUAGAUUUCGCUUCACUUAAUCAAGAUUUAUUUAGAAUAGAUAUGUUAGAAGGACUCUUAGAUAUGUUACGUCAUGGCGAAAGAGAAGCUUCGCAAAUAGGUAGAAAUAGAUAUCUUCCCCACAGCUUUACAGGAGGACCACGAGACAUGCGUCGUCGAUAUAUGGAUGCUAUUGCAUUGGUGCAACGUUUUGGAAAACCUGAUAUAUUUUUUACUAUGACAUGUAAUCCUACAUGGCCUGAAAUAAAAGCUAAUAUCUUACAAACAGAUGAAGUACAAAAUAGACCAGAUUUAGUUAGUCGAAUAUUUCAUGCAAAACUAGAAGAGUUAAAAAAGGACAUCUUAAGAAGAAAUAUAUUUGGUAAAGUUGCGGCAUUUAUGUAUACUGUAGAAUUCCAAAAAAGGGGACUUCCACAUGCUCAUUUUCUCAUUAUAUUAGAUGAAAAAUACAAGUUAUUGACUCCUGAAGCAUACGACAAAUAUGUUUGUGCUGAAUUACCAGAUUCUGAUACCAACCCUGAAUUAUAUGCACUUGUUACAAAACAUAUGAUUCACGGUCCUUGUGGUGCCUUAAAUCUAGCAAUGCCCAGUUUAGAUUUCCUUUCUUUUUAUCUGGAGUUUCAGUUCUGUUCCAUGGAAAAUGUGGUAAUCAGAUUCAGAGAAUCAUUUAGAAUUGAAGCUGACUAG